GCGGCGUGGGGCGUCAAAGUUUUUCUCCCAUUUACAUCCAAUUUUUCUUCUAACCGAGCGAGCGCAGCUCGAUUUGAGAUUCAGUGUGAACUGGCGUGUUAAACCUCCUCGAGAAAACAUGUUCCUUUUCGAUUGGUUCUAUGGAGUUCUUGCGUCGCUGGGUCUCUGGCAAAAGGAGGCCAAGAUCUUGUUCCUCGGGCUCGAUAACGCUGGAAAGACCACCUUGCUUCACAUGCUCAAAGAUGAGAGAUUAGUUCAGCAUCAGCCGACGCAGCAUCCGACGUCCGAGGAGCUGAGUAUUGGGAAAAUAAAGUUCAAGGCUUUUGAUUUGGGUGGGCAUCAGAUCGCUCGCAGAGUCUGGAAGGACUACUACGCCAAGGUUGAUGCCGUGGUGUACUUGGUUGAUGCUUAUGACAAAGAGAGAUUUGCAGAGUCAAAAACAGAGCUUGAUGCGCUACUCUCUGACGAGUCGCUGGCAAAUGUCCCGUUUCUUAUUCUGGGAAACAAGAUAGACAUACCUUAUGCCGCCUCAGAGGAUGAGUUGCGGUACCAAAUUGGCCUGACCAACUUCACCACAGGUAAGGGAAAGGUUAAUUUGAUUGACUCCAAUGUCCGUCCCCUAGAGGUGUUCAUGUGCAGCAUUGUCCGCAAAAUGGGAUACGGUGAAGGCUUCAAGUGGCUGUCCCAGUACAUCAAGUAAGCAAACAAUCAGAUGGCAAUUUUUCUACCACUGCUGCAGCCCCUUCAGUCAAGUUGGUCUUGGGAAUAUAAAGCAUGGGCGAUGGUGUAAAGAGAAUAUAUAUUGUCUAUCGUUGUUGCCUCCAUCUUUAGCUGGAUUGUGUUUUCUACCUUUUCUUGGCCUGGAUAGAUCGGUGUCUAAAUUGCAUAACUAAUAAAGGGAUUGAGGUUCAGUCGAGAAUUUUUUUGUUUACUGAAGGUGAACUCGAAACUCCACAAUGCAAUUCAUUAGGGAUGUUUUCCCUAUUUUCAUUCUCA